GAUGAAAAGAUGGCAGCCAUGCUGUUACCAACGGGUCCUGAUGGCUUGCGGCGGUUCACUCGCGAAUCCCUUGCUGCCCUGGAGCGGCGGAUUGCGGAGGAGCAGGCCAAGAGCGCCAAGGAUGGCCACAAGGCCCAGAGGAACGCCGAGCCGGUCAAGCCCAGGGUCGACCUGGAAGCGGGCAAGCAGCUGCCGCGCAUCUUCGGCGACCUCCCGACGGGACUGGUCGGGGUGCCUCUGGAAGACAUCGAUCCAUUUUACUACAAGAACCAGAGGACCUUUAUAGUACUUAACAAAGGGAAGGCCAUCUUCAGAUUCAGUGCCACCUAUUUCAUAAUGUUCACAAUCCUGACCAACUGCUUCUUCAUGGCCAUGUCCGACCCGCCGACGUGGACCAAAUAUCUGGAGUACACGUUCACCGGCAUUUACACUUUUGAGUCGGCCAUAAAGAUAUUUGCGAGAGGAUUCUGCAUAGUGCCGUUCACCUUCCUGAGAGACCCGUGGAACUGGCUGGACUUCAUCGUCAUUGUCAUGGCUUAUGUCACAGAAUUUGUUGAUCUCGGAAACGUCUCAGCUUUAAGAACCUUCAGAGUACUGCGGGCACUGAAAACCAUCUCCGUUAUUCCAGGUCUGAAGACCAUCGUGGGCGCUCUGAUCCAGUCGGUGAAGAAGCUGGCCGACGUGAUGAUCCUGACCGUUUUCUGCCUCAGCGUGUUCGCCCUGAUCGGCCUGCAGCUCUUCAUGGGGCUCCUGCGGCAGAAGUGCGUCCGCAGCCUGGGGCACUGCAUCAACUCCUCGUACAGCCCCAACACCUCCUUCAUCUGUAACAACAGAACCUGGAGCUCGCCUGCAGACUUCUUCAGCGACGAAGGUCAGAUGCAGAAGCAGUUUUUCCACACCAAAUAUCGCAACAUCUGCAUGAUCUAUCUGCUUGAAUUCGAACUUUUUACUCUUUCCUCAGAUAAUUUUUAUAAGGUCGAGGGAUCAAAGGAUGCCUUAAUAUGUGGAUACGGAAAUGAUGCGGGGAAGUGCCCAGAUGGAUUUGAAUGCCUAAAAGUAGGAAGGAAUCCCAACUAUGGCUACACCAGCUUCGACACCUUCGGCUGGGCCUUUCUGGCACUUUUUCGACUCAUGACCCAAGACUACUGGGAAGAACUGUUUCACCAGACUUUGCGCUCGGCAGGGAAGACGUACAUGGUUUUCUUUGUGCUGGUGAUCUUCCUUGGAUCCUUCUACCUGGUCAACCUGAUCCUGGCUGUAGUGGCCAUGGCUUACGAGGAGCAGAAUCAGGCCACCAUUGCCGAGGCCUGGCAGAAAGAGAGGGAGUUUCAGCUGGCCAUGGAGCACCUCAGACGAGAGCAAAGGCUGGCAUCCAAAAGACAAGCGCAGGAGACAGACUCAGUCCUGUCCCCGGAGCUGUCGCCCUUCUGUCUGAAGGCAGGGAGCAUACGGCGCAACAGCAGCAGGAGAAGGCGAUCUCACAGGACUCUGUCUGAGGAAACGGCAGGGGAGGCUGCCGAGGAGAAGCCGGACCCUGUGGCCGACACUGUGCCUCCUUUGUCCCCCCUGCCAGUCCACCCCCUGCUGGCUACGCUCUCGUCCCACCCGCUCAGCACCAGGAGAGGCAGCCAGAUCAGCAUCUUCAGCUCGUUCCGCGUCCGGAACAACUCAGAGGCCGAGUUCGGGGACGACGAGUACAGCGUCCACGGGGACGUGUUCAGGAGUCGCACCAACUCAACUGCCACGCCCUGGAAGAAGAGGACGGGCAGCGUUCGGAGCCACUGCUCCCAAGUCUUCACGCCGAGCCUCAACCUCAACGGUCGACUGAACAUCUCCCUGGACCAGAACGGAGUUACCACCAUGGGUCUGCUCACCCCUACGUCCAUGCCGACUUACAGCAUGGAGAAAGUCAGGGAGGACACAGUACUUUCAGUCCAUCCGAAGCCCAGCAUUACGGAGGACACAGCUCCAAAACCUCCUCUCCAGCCUUCUCCCACAGCAACAGAGCACUCUCUGGUUGUCAGGAAAAGAGGCCUGAGCUCUGUCAGCUUUCUGAGUGAUGCCAUGGAUGAGCUGGAGGAAUCCAGGCAGAAGUGCCAUCCUUGUUGGUACUCGUUUGCGAAGAAGUACCUGAUAUGGGACCGCAGCCCCUGGUGGCUGAAGCUAAAGGAGUUUGUCAAGUUCAUGGUGAUGGAUCCUUUCCUGGACCUGGGCAUCACCAUCUGCAUCGUCCUGAACACCCUCUUCAUGGCCCUGGAGCACUACCCCAUGACUGAUGAGUUCAACACCAUGCUCUCAGUGGGCAAUCUGGUGUUCACAGGGAUCUUUACGGCGGAGAUGGUUUUGAAACUGAUUGCGAUGGACCCUUAUUACUACUUCCAGCAGGGAUGGAACAUUUUUGAUGGCGUCAUUGUCUGCCUCAGUUUGAUGGAGCUGGGCCUCUCCAAUGUAGAGGGACUGUCUGUCCUGCGAUCUUUCAGACUGUUACGAGUAUUUAAGUUGGCAAAGUCCUGGCCCACGCUCAACACUCUCAUCAAGAUCAUCGGCAACUCAGUGGGCGCCCUGGGAAACCUGACACUGGUGCUGGCCAUCAUUGUCUUUAUCUUCGCCGUGGUGGGCAUGCAGCUAUUUGGCAAGAACUACCAAGACUGUGUGUGUAAGAUCUCCUUUGACUGCCAGCUGCCUCGCUGGCACAUGAAGGACUUCUUCCACUCCUUCCUGAUUGUGUUCAGAGUGUUGUGUGGUGAGUGGAUCGAGACCAUGUGGGACUGUAUGGAGGUGGCCGGGCAGCCUCUCUGCAUCCUGGUCUUCAUGUUGGUCAUGGUCAUUGGAAACCUUGUGGUUCUGAAUCUCUUUCUUGCCCUCCUGCUCAGCUCCUUCAGCUCUGACAACCUCUCCGCUCCCGAUGAAGAUGGUGAUUUGAAUAACAUUCAGAUCGCCAUCGCCCGAAUCCAUUCCGGUUUCGAGUGGCUUUCCGCAAUUGUCGCCAAUCUCCGAAACCACGAUGCGAAGAGUCAAGAUGAGAAGGCCAAGGAAGCUAGUCAGGCCGUCGUCCCGGUCGGGAAUCAUGUGGAAAGCAAUGGGGGAGUUUUAACAGGCUACGGAGAGAAGUACAUCACACCGGAAGAGGACAGCUACAUGACCAACCCCAACCUGACCGUCAUCGUUCCCAUCGCGCCCGGGGAGUCGGAUGUGGAGUUUCUUGAGGAAGAGGAGAUUUCAGAAUCUUCAGAGGAUGAAGAUGACAAGCCAGAGAAGAUUAGCCUGUCAGAGGGCAGCACUGUCGAUCUCAGGAAGCCCGGAGAAGAAGAAGAUUACUUAUCAGAGCUGGAUGACGAUAGCAUGGAGCCUGACGAUUGCUUCCCUGAGUUUUGCCUGAGGCACUGUCAGUGCUGCAACAUCGACACCAGCCGUGGUGUGGCCCAGGCCUGGUGGAGGUUGAGGAAGACCUGCUACCAGAUCGUGGAACACAGCUGGUUCGAGACUUUCAUCAUCUUUAUGAUCCUGCUCAGCAGCGGGGCCCUGGCUUUUGAAGAUAUCUACAUCGAGAAGAGAAAAGUCAUAAAGGGGAUUUUGGAGUAUGCUGACAAAGUCUUCUCCUACAUCUUUGUGCUGGAGAUGUUCCUCAAAUGGAUUGCGUACGGAUUCAAGAAGUAUUUCACCAACUACUGGUGUUGGCUUGACUUCCUUAUUGUGGACGUGUCCUUGAUAAGCCUGGUCGCAAACUCACUGGGAUAUUCAGACUUUGCUGCCAUCAAGUCUCUGAGGACCCUUCGGGCUUUGAGACCUCUUAGAGCUCUGUCCAGAUUUGAGGGCAUGAGGGUCGUUGUGAAUGCCCUCAUAGGAGCCAUCCCCUCCAUCAUGAACGUGCUCCUUGUUUGUCUCAUCUUCUGGCUCAUCUUCAGCAUCAUGGGAGUCAACCUGUUCGCCGGCAAGUUUGGAAAAUGUGUGAACAGAACGGGUUUUAUCCACAACAUUUCCAUCAUCAACAACAAGUCCGACUGUCUGGCUAUGAAUGACACCCAGUUUUACUGGACAACGGUCAAAGUCAACUUCGACAACGUGGGGCUCGGCUACCUUUCCCUCCUGCAAGUGGCAACAUUUAAAGGAUGGAUGGAAAUAAUGAAUGCGGCUGUUGAUUCAAGAGGAGUGGAGGAACAACCCAGUAGAGAAAUCAACCUCUACAUGUACAUCUACUUUGUUGUCUUCAUCAUAUUUGGUUCCUUCUUCACCCUCAACUUGUUCAUAGGUGUCAUCAUUGACAAUUUUAAUCAGCAGAAAAGAAAGAUAAAGAAUAAUGUGAGCUAUUUUUUUCAUUUGUACUUAGGGGGACAGGAUAUCUUCAUGACUGAAGAACAGAAAAAGUAUUAUAGCGCUAUGAAGAAGUUGGGAUCCAAAAAGCCUCAAAGGCCAAUACCAAGGCCCGGGAACAUUCUUCAAGCCUUCUUCUUUGAUCUGGUCUCCAAGCAAGCCUUCGACAUCAUGAUCAUGAUGCUCAUAAUUGUCAAUAUGGUGACUAUGAUGGUGGAAACCGAUGAGCAGUCCGAGCGAAUGGAGUCCAUUCUCAACAAGAUCAACAUGGUCUUCAUUGCGAUUUUCACCACUGAAUGCCUGAUCAAGCUUUUUGCCCUCCGGUGUUACUUCUUCACAGUUGCAUGGAACAUUUUUGACUUUGUGGUGAUAAUUCUCUCUAUUACCGGGAUUGUUCUCGCUGACAUAAUUGAGAAAUACUUUGUUUCUCCAACCCUGUUUCGAGUCAUUCGACUGGCAAGGAUCGGACGCGUGCUUCGACUUAUACGUGCAGCCAAAGGAAUAAGGACUUUACUGUUUGCCUUAAUGAUGUCCAUGCCCGCACUCUUCAACAUUGGCCUCCUGCUUUUCCUGGUCAUGUUCAUCUAUGCCAUCUUUGGCAUGGCGAACUUUGCCUACGUGAAAAAACAAGAUGGGGUCGACGACAUGUUCAACUUCGAGACCUUUGGGAACAGCAUCAUCUGCCUUUUUCAGAUCAGCACUUCGGCUGGCUGGGAUAACCUCCUGAGUCCGAUAAUGUCAAGUCCUCCGGAAGAGUGCGACAGCGCUUACGUCAACACUGGCACGAACACCCGGGGAAACUGUGGCAACCCCUCGGUGGGCAUAGCUUUCUUCGUCAGUUACAUCAUCAUUUCCUUCCUUAUUGUUGUAAAUAUGUACAUAGCCAUCAUUCUGGAGAAUUUCAGCGUUGCCACCGAGGAAAGCACCGAGCCGCUGAGCGAGGACGACUUCGAGAUGUUUUAUGAGGUCUGGGAGAAGUUCGAUUCGGAGGCCACGCAGUUCAUCGAGUUCCCCAUGCUUUCCAACUUUGCCGACGCUCUGUCGGAGCCGCUGCGCAUAGCAAAGCCCAACCACAUCAAGCUGAUCGCUAUGGACCUUCCCAUGGUCAGUGGGGACAAGAUCCACUGCCUGGACAUCUUGUUUGCCUUCACAAAGCGUGUGCUGGGAGAGUCGGGUGAGAUGGACACCUUAAAGCAGCAUAUGGAGGAGAAGUUCAUGAUGGCCAACCCCUCCAAAAUGUCUCACGAGCCCAUUACCUCCACGCUGCGCCGCAAACUGGAAGAGGUGUCUGCGGUCAUCAUUCAGAGGUGUUACAGGAGGCAUCUUGUGCGCCGGCAGAUGAAGCAGGCGUCCUAUCUCUACAGACAAAUAAACCAGGAGACUGUAGUGGAUGUGGAGAACCCCCCGGAGACAGAGGGGCUGAUAGCCUGCAUGCUACAACACUACAGUUCCAUUGGGGUCGCAGCUGCACAGAUAACGGAGGACACACUCAUUUCUUCUCCACCGUCUUACGAUAGUGUGACACGGGGAGCCUCGCUGAGUCCCUCUGACGCACUCAGAUCAUCGGCCAGAGGCCCCGAAGUGGGAAAAGCUGGUGAGAGCUAUGAGGAAACAUUUCUUUGA